AUGGCCGCUCCUUGCUGCCCUCACAACGGGAGAAGCAGCCGAAUCUCUAUCCGGCUCCGCGGCACUCGUCUUCCGGCUGCUGAUGAAUUGACGGAUUCCUUCCGUUUCGGCUGCCCGUGUGACCUACCACACCUCAUGGAAACAUCAGUCACUCAAGAAGAAGUCGAUUGUAGAAAAUAUCUCGUUCUUCCCUUGGGGCCUUCAUCAACAACAGCACCUUUUCUCCAGACAGAUACCUCACGUCCAUUCCUGCUUCCAGAUGUACGCCGUAACUCAGCAUCGCGACACAGCAGUGCCGUUAGUGCCCAAACCUGCAUUUUUGUCGCCAUAGGCUUAACGCAGAGCCACCACGAGGAUGGGGCAAUGGACUCGGGCUUUCCAAGGUACGUCUCCACGAGCUUUGUUAACCUUUUACCCUGAAUUUCAGGGGUCAUUUAAGCUUGCUUCCCUGAGCAAGGUCUAGCCUGCCUGUCAGUCACUGUGGGCAUCUCCAAACAGUGGAUCGUGCACCGAUCUGCUUGACGACAAACAAGUCUUACCCUGAGUGCAAACCUUCCUUAGCGUCUUGGACAGGAAUAGAUGAGGCUCGAGAAGUCCCGUACAGAACGGGCCAACCUUCUCGAGCUCUGAUGGCACAUCGACUUGCAUUCCGUCGAGGCGAAGCUGUUACACUUCCCCUCGGUAUCCAAUAAAGAAAAUGGAUGCAGCAUAACAGAUGCACUGCGGGGUGUCGUUGUCGCACCGGAUUCGACGCCACUUGCCUCCUCCCAAACCUCAGCCUUACUGGCGUGCUUUGCCGGACAUACUCAGCCACCAGCAGAUAUCAACAUUUGUCCGUAACAGCCACAGCCUGCCUCAAUAUCGACUGAUAGCCCUCGUCGCCGUAAGAAUGACUUGAGAAGGAUAGGCGGGGGCUUCGGAGAGCCUGCUUGAGGGCACAGGAAACUAUUGCCUUGACUGUUCAAACGUACGAUUUGUUCUCACAACUCCGUCUUUUCGACCCACGUUAACAAGUCGGUUACUUCCGUGGCGCCAUUGCAUUCCGCUAGCCUUCCAGAGUAACACACCAACCCCCUUAGCUUCCUUCUGGGCGCCAGGCUUGGAUUGACUAGGUUGGAGGCCGAACAAAGUGCAUACAAUGAAGCUGAUGGGCUGGAUGAAGGUGAAGAAAGCCACCUGCAAGAGCGCUCAGUUGUAGGUUUAGCUAUUUCUGCAGCUGACAGGCAUGGCACGCGUUUCCGUGUUUCGAAAGCAUUAAAAGACCACCUUUGCCCAACGUAUCAUCCGGGUCGAGAAUGCUUGCGCUCUCAAUCCUACACGCGACCCGGAAUAUAUUGCGGAAACCAUGCACUUCCUAGACACCCUUGCCUUAGCUGCUGUCAGCAUCGCGCAGUUUGCUUCGGCCGGCGAUCCUUUGGUGUCCCCGCGGCAAGCUCAGCAAAGCCUCAGCAAUGCGCUGUCGAAACAUGCAGACCUGUCGGCUUUUAACCAGCUCUUGAGCAACUACCCCAGCAUCGUCGACAAUAUCACGGCUGGAGCUGACAACAAGAUCACACUUCUGGUGCCCACCAAUGAUGCAUUUGCAAACUUCCUCAAACAGUCUAAUGCCGCCGAUAUAAGCCAGCUCCCCGUCAAGCAGCUCCUAACUAUGUUCCAAUACCACACUCUAGACGCGCCCUUAACUGCCACGAACUUCAGUUCUCCGAGAGGCCUCACAGUUCCCACAAAACUUCGCGACGAGCUCUAUAACCUGAGAAGUCCCGGUUCUGCCCUCAUCAGCCAGUUCGGCGACGAGGCCCAGGGCCAGGUUCUCUACGUUUCACGAGACACCAUCAACCCGAUAAAACUCAGAGUGAGACAAAGUUCCUCGGCUGGCGACAAUACAGCAAACCUGCGAGCCGGUCUAGGCCAAACUGCAGAGCUUACUGCCAUAGACGGGGAAUGGGAUGGGGGCUACUUCCAGUCCAUUGAUACUGUGUUGGAGGCACCAAGGCCUUGCUCGACAACAAUCAAGAAGCUCUCGGGCUCGUUGUCUUCUCUGAGUGAUGCAUUGGAUAAGACCAAGCUAUGGAAGGCACUGGAUACUACUGGCAAUGUCACGUGUCUAGGCCCGAACACGGCAGCCUUCAAUGAGGCCGGCAGUCCGGAGAAAUCUCUUGGAAACCAGGACCUCACAAACGCUUUGCUCUUCCACACACUACCUCAAGUAGCUUACAGCAACUUUUUGGAGGACGGUCAGGUAUUUACCUCGCUUGCCAAUCUUACCGUAAGGGUCACUGUCAGAGACGACGAGAUCUGGUUCAACGACGCGAAAGUCGUCAGCCCUAACGUUCUGACAAAUAACGGACUCAUCCAUAUUCUGGACCGCGUGAUGUCUCAAAAUGCCACGGGGCCCUCUUCUUCAGAUCUGCCGUCGUCCACGGCUUCCCCGUCAGGAUCGAGCACUGCCAGCCUCUCCUCGACCAAUACGCCCCCCAGCGCCGGUAACACUGUCAAGGGUAACAAGCAUGCCGCAGCUGUUAUUGCUCUUGCGGCUGGCUUAACGCUUGUCUGAGAUCAGUUGCAUGUGCGAGAAGUUUCCGAUUUCAAACAAGGCUACUAAUGUAAGAAGGGAAGGUGUAUGCUCUCCCCGAUGAUAUGGGACAGAAUGGGAAGCAUGAAAUCGUUGCAAGCUUCCGCAGGGGGAAUAGAUGACCAGGAUCGAGCCGGUUGAUUCUAGGCACAUUCAUUACAGCUAUCAUCUAAACCGGGGAGGUGAGGGUUGAUUUGUAGAGAGGUCGUUACGUUUCUCAUAGUAAAUAUAACGAGGCAAAAGCCCCUCUUCGC